CUCUUCACGCUGUCUCUCCAGCUUUGCUCGGCGCGCGUAGUUUGAUUUUUAUUGUGGUGCGUUGUCGCUCCGUCGUCGGGCGCCCUGUUUUAACGUCUAGGCACAUCUGUUUAAUUUCCAAAUAUAGUGCUUUAAAUGUUAUAUUUUAUACCUUUUUUUGUCUAGUACAGCUCUUAACAGGUUGUCAGCAUGGACAGUACUGUUGCUGAGGAGAUGCAAGGUGUCAUUACUUCUGUUGUGACACCUGAAAAAAAUGCCACGCUGGAUUUCUCUCAAGUCAGCUGCUCCCAGCUUGGAAUCUCCCCACAGAGCUUUGUUCUCUCCGCUAAGGCAAAAGAUAAGUCCCGUUUGUCAAAGCUGAAGGUGAGACGGAGGUCAUCGGUUGGGGUUCGGGGGUCCCCAGAAACCAAUGCUCUGAUCCGCUUCAUCGCUCAAAAAAGGCGUCAGACUCCUCCAAGCACACCCCAAAAUCUGCAAAUCGGUUCCUUUGUUCAGCGCAGCUUCUCUACUCUGAAGCAGAAAAUGGUGUCUUUCCAGAGCCUACUUGAAGUGGAUGAUGAAAUGCCAAGGGAGGAAAACCAGAAAGAAGGUGAUGGGAGUGCUGUGGCUACAAAGGAGAAUGUGGAUCCCCUUGGUUGUCUGGAAUAUGCCAGGCCCCCUCCCUCUAAGAAGUACUGUUUGGAGAGUGUUCAAUGCAAAAAAGUCCCUUCGAUGUUAACGGCAUGCAACUCUUCACUGACACUCAGUACUGCAAGGCUCAAGCAGCUGGAAGUUACUAAAGAGCUGAGCAGUGAAUGUACAGAGCUGGACGAUGCAAUAUACCAGUCUUCUGCUGACUCUCCUAUGCUAUCAACAAGCUCGGACUCCGGUCAGACGCAGUGCCAACCUGCAACAGAGCAGCAGGUUUGCCCCUCAGGAGUCCAAAACUACGAAUCUAGCAGUGUACCGCUGCACAGUGCCCCAGAUGCAUCUGACAUUCAGCCCGUUUUAUUCAUCUCACCUCUGGCCAAACACCCUACAGAUGAGGUGGCAUGUUCUGGGGACCCAUCGAGGAACAAAAAACGUGUACGUUUUGGAGCACCACUGUCUCCAGAGUUCUUUGACAAAAACUUGCCCCCAAGCACCCCACUGCAAAAGGGGGGAACGCCAGCACAUGCAAGUACGUCAGCAGGGCCCCAGCUUCGCCCAUUGCUGAAAACGCCACAGAGGUCCACAUCUCAUUUCCCUCAGCCGGACUUCACGAGUCCUGUGAUGGGAGACUUGCCAACAUCCUCUGAGGGCCCUGGCUGUGCUGAAGCGCAGUUUGACCCAGGGGAGCACCAGGAUGAGAAUGGGCAAGAGAUGACUCUGCCUGUUGCAACUGAAAAGACUUACGACAAGAUACUUACAAGUACAGACAUGGCCUCUCAGGUGUGCAUAGACAGCAAUGUCCAGUGCACAUCUGAGCCUCUUGAGACACAUCCUUCUCCCCUACAUGACAGCCUCAGUGGAAUAGAAACAGAGACAGUACCUCCCUGUGCCCUUGAGCCACUUCUCUGCACAGCUGCUCCAGCUGCAGUUCCUACAUGCAGCAGGAAGAGAAAGGCAUCUACAAAUGUUGUGGUCAAGAAGAGGACAAGCCGUAAUGCUGCUAUUUCAGCAGCUAAGAAGUUGUGCAAGAAGAGCUCCUCAGGCAAGAAACGGUGGGGCAACAAGGAGGUGGAUCGCUCGCUGUAUGGGAAGAGAGACUACGCCUCAAAGAAUCCUGCACUGAGUCCCAUCACAGAGGCCCUUUCGUCUGCAAGCCGCUCCCCCACACCACAGCGCCAUCACAGCGGUAACAGGCUCUUAGAAGACGACAUCUGUGCAGUGGCGGAGGCUCCCCGGACAACUCUCAAAAAGGCGACUUGUACCAAUUUCACAUCUGCGGCAGUUGCAGCUGCUGCUCAGUGGCGCCAGCGCUUCUGCCUCCUAUCUGUAAAGAGUUCUGCACAGGGUCAGUUAACUGAAACGCCACAGGAAGCUGACCAUCCUGAAAGCAUGGCAGACCGACCCCAAGAAGUAGAGACUUUGUUACAAAAACACAAAGUAGUCCAGCUGCCUGGGACAGAGCAGCAGGACAAGAGAAGUGGCAGUGGUGGGAGGCGAAGGGGAAGAGGAAGAGGGAAGGCCCGUGGGGGCUUGCAAAGGUCCAGUUUACCUGCUGUUGGUGAUGGAGAGAAAAAUGAGAAAGCUGAUGAACACAGCAGUGGCGACCUUGUGGACCAUAGUGGUAUAAGAGCAGGCCCAUCACUUUGCAGGCCACCCAUUCCUUCUCUUUCUCCUGGCAACAGUCCUAAGCACGUUGCAGACAGCUCCCCAGCUCCCCCGUCGUGUGUGGAAUGUACAGACGAAGGUAUGAAGGCUGCCUCUGAUCUUAGCAGAGAGCGAGGUGGUCAUACACGUACCCCCACUGACCACAAUAGUCUCGCGCGUUGUGAGCCGAACGCAAAGGUAGCUUGCGAAAGUGAUGUAGAAUUCUCUUUGCAGUCAGCUAGUGAAGGGGAGCUCAUGGCCAGUGUGGAUGAGAAGACAAUUCCCAAUAAGAAGAGUGGGGCGCAGGGCAGAGUGCGUGGCCGCAGGAGCUCUCGAGUGCAACCGAGUUUAAUCUUGGAUGAGGCUGUUGUGCUGGGAACCCAGGUGGACGCUUCAGCUGCAGAACUUGUGAAUAGCGUGGAACCAAAAGGACCAGAGGAUCCAAAUGUUUUAGGGAGAGAGAUGAGGAAGGAGGGGUUGCUGGCACAGGGCUGUGAUCUUGAGAAGAGUGCAGGUAAAACGGAGAAGUCCUCUAGUAGUGUGGACCAGGUGCCCUGUGGGAACUGCAGCCUCCCUGAAUGGGCACAGUUCUCCAUUGAGGAUGUCCUGCAGCCACUGCCCAGGACCCAGCGCUGCGUGCGCCGCAGCCUAAGGAACCAGUGCAGUGCAGAUUCCGCUGAGGCCGGGCUGGCCUGGGUCCUCCACGUCUCUCCGGCGCCCAGCAAACCUCUUCACAGAAGGACUAAGGGCUGCCCCACCCCCACUUGCCCUGAGGAGCCUGCUCUCUGAGGGCGCUGGAGUUCUCUGUAGAAAGCAGACAACUCUCCAGUGUUUUGUAAAUAAACCGUACCUGACAAUUUGGAA